CGUCCUUGCCAUUCGAGUACAGCUUCAAACUUGUUCUACCUGAUUGGCCGAAGCUCUUGGCUUGUUUGAAGUCUGCCUUGCAGCUCUUUAGUCACCGGCAUAGUUGUCUUUUUAGCGUUUAGAAUACACACGAAUACUCCUUGAGUAUCACUCAUUUAUACAGGGUUUUUUUGUUUGUUUGUUUUGUGUUUCUUGACAGAUUUUGUGGGAGAGAAAACCACUUGGGGGAUUCCAGUGUUCUUGAAGAGUGGGCGUGCCUUUAAUCCAGGGGAAUAACAGAAUCGCAAAAAUGAGCGACGAAAUCUCCACCAUCCACGUUGACGGUAUCCCUCUGGACACGCUCAGUAAGGUUCAGACUUACCUGAAGCCGUUCACGCUGUCCCUGGAGGUCCUGCGGCAGGUUUCCGCUCGACUGGAGCGAGAUCUGAGACGAGGCCUGGGGAAGCACUCGCACCACAGGGCCGCCGUCCAGAUGCUGCCCACCUUUGUCACGGCCACGCCAGACGGGACGGAAAAAGGCGACUUCCUGGCUUUGGACCUCGGUGGGACCAACUUCCGGGUGCUCCAUGUGCGAGUGCUGGAGGAGGAGCAGAGGAUGGUGAAGAUGGACAGUCAGAUCUGCGCCAUCCCGCAAGAGAUGAUGCGAGGACCCGGAGAACAGUUGUUCGACCACAUCGCCGCCUGUCUGGGGGAAUUUCUCAAGUCGCUGAAUCUGCAGGACCAAAUUCUCCCUCUGGGCUUCACCUUCUCCUUCCCCUGCCAUCAGAAGGAAAUUGACAAGAGCAUCUUGAUCCGCUGGACGAAAGGCUUCCAGUGCUCGGGAGUGGAAGGCCAAGAUGUGGUGAAGCUCCUGCGAGAGGCCAUUCACCGACGAGGGGAUUACGACGUGGGCUCCAUCGCCAUGGUCAACGACACGGUGGGCACCAUGAUGAGCUGCGGCUACAAGGACCAAAGCUGCGAGAUCGGCAUGAUCAUCGGCACGGGGACCAACGCCUGCUACAUGGAGGAGAUGAAGAACGUGAAGCGCGUGGAGAGCGACCACGGGCGCAUGUGCAUCAACACCGAGUGGGGCGGCUUCGGCGACAACGGUUCGCUCCGAGACAUCCAGACCGAGUUCGACGUCCAGGUGGACAAGACGUCCAUCAACCCCGGCAUCCACACCUUUGAGAAGAUGAUCAGCGGUAUGUAUCUGGGCGAGAUUGUGCGCCUCCUGCUGCUGAGGAUGACAAAGGACGGGCUGCUCUUCAAGGGGCAGGCGUCGGAGGCGCUGCUGUCGCCGGACGGAUUUAAGACCAAGUACAUCUCCGAUAUAGAAGAGGAGCUCGACGGCCUGGAAAACGGCAAGAAAAUCUUGAGCGGCCUGGGUCUGUCGUGGGAGCCGGUGGACGUGCGCGUGGUGCGUAUGGUCUGCGACACAGUGUCGUCGCGCUCGGCUCGCCUCUGCGCCGCCGCCCUGGCCACCAUCGCCACCCGGAUCCGGGUCGGUCGCGGCCUGGACCACCUGAAAACCACCGUGGGAGUGGAUGGCUCGGUGUACCGGAAACACCCCAGCUUCAGCGCCGAGCUCCAGGCAACGGUGCGCCGGCUGGCCCCCGAGUGCGAAGUGACCUACCUGCUCUCGGAGGACGGCAGCGGCAAAGGUGCCGCCAUGGUAACGGCCGUGGCGCAGAGGCUGGCCCGCCAGUCGCGCCUGCUGGAGGACAGCGACGGCGAAGACAGCGACGACGAUGACCAAUGAGAAGCCUCCGACACGAACGCACGUGGCGCCGUUUAUUUCCCAUGUUUUGGGAUGUCACAGCCUCAUUGGGAAAAAAAAGCCUUCAGUGCAGUUUUUUUACUUUGAAAAUCUCUACGGUGUUUCAUGCUGUGAAUGCUUCAGUUCAUCCGGAAAGGAUUCACGCCGCUUCACCUUUUCCAAAUAUUCUUAGAUGACAGCCUGAUUCCAAAAUGGGUUAUGUAAUUUUUUUUUAUAUUCAAAGCCCUUUCUAAUUUUCUACAAUUUGUUUCAUCUCAAGAAUAGUCUAUUUUUUUUUUUGUCAAAAAGUAACAGUAUUCAUGAUAAGACUGAGUAUGAUGGCACAAAGUUAGUAGUGCAGCUAAUUUGUGUCGCUUUCGCCCCUACCUCUUCGCAUACCUCUCAAAGCUCAAACGUGGACCGGGAGCCAUUUUCUGCUCCCUCCAGAGAGACUCAUGAAGUCUGAAUUGAAUCCAUUUUGGAGUAGGACUUGACAAAAUGUGGAAAAAGUGAGGCUGUGCGAAUACUUUUCGGAAGCACUCUACACUACUGUAUUUCAAAUUAGUUGGUCUUGAGGAAAAGUGUUUGUCCUCCUAAUUGAGGAUUUCCAACGUCAGCUGACUGACGUGAAUUGUGUUUCCAGUCUCUUCAUUUGAAUGACUAAUUUGUAUGGAUGCAAAUACUUGAGCGGGGUAAAACUGCCUUGGCCGUUUUUCUUGAAUGACAAAAAGAGAAGCAUUUAUAUUUGGAAUAUUCGCCGUGGUCAUGUGGGCCGGACUCAAUUCAUUCUGAUUUUGUUCCCCU